CGACCGUAUGCAGACAAUUUGCUAUUCAUUUCUUUAUAGAGGAAUACUGUGGGGGAGAAACCCACACGGAAUCAAGCAUCAGCCGAUCAGCGCGGACCACGGCAGCUCCAAUGCAACAAUAUGCAUUUGUUACAGAAGUUUCAUCUGUGGUUGUCUAUUCAAGCAUCGAAAAUCCUGCAACUCCAAAAACAGCCACGUAUUGCUAAAACUGAUUGGGCUGGGUCAGUACCUCCGUAUUAUCGUGAAGUUUUUAAUAUUAUUUCACCAUCUUCCAGUAAUGUCAGUAAGGAACUGUUCACAAAGUUGCUUGUCAAAUCAGGACUCCCAUCGCAGACAUUAAGUUUGAUCUGGGAGCUUGUAGAUACAAAGCAAGGGCCACUUUCUCGUAGCAGUUUGUACAAGGGUUUGGCAUUGGUUGCCUGGGCGCAGCAGGGCAAACAGCCAAGUUCAAAACUUCUGGAGAAUUUCUCUGGGGAAGAGCUUCCACGACCAGAUUUGGGUGACCUGUCAGACCUUUCACCAGCAGUGACAACAAGUCUGACACAGAUUGGUCUACGUUAUCCUGACAUCUGCCAGAUGGAUACUAUAGAAGUUGACUUGGUACCUGAAAAGAAAGGGCUGUUCCUAAAACAUGUAGAAUAUCAAGUGUGCAGCAAGAGGUUUGGUUCUCUUGUAAGGAGGCGGUACAACGAUUUUGUGGCACUUCACGAGCUCCUUCUUGGGAGAUUUCCAUAUAGACUUAUACCUAAGCUGCCACCAAAGAAAAUGGUUGGAGCGGAUUCCCACUUCAUUGAGGAGCGACGCAAAUCCUUAAGGAGAUGGUUAACACUUGUAGCUCGUCACCCUGCGCUGAGUGGUGACCCACUGCUCAGCUUCUUCUUGACGUACUCUGGUGGUGACGUCCAACACAAGAUCCGAGAAAUAUUCAGGCGGGUGCCCGAUGAAUUCACCACUUCAGAACUUGCUGCCCGUGCAAAGGAAUUGGUACCUCCUGAAACACACAGCGAAUUUGCCAACAGUCGAGACCAGAUUAGAAUUAUACUUAAUGGUAUAUCUCGCCUGAAGCAGAUUGCUGAUGUCUUGGCCUUGAGGUCACAUGGUUAUGCAGCUGAUAUGGCUGAACUUGGAUCUCAGCUAACCAGUUUAGCGAAUGAACCCCAUGGAUCCUCAAAUUGGGCUACAGGUGGUAACAGUGUCUGGGCUGACAUGAAGAAAGGAUUUCAUAUCAUAUCUAAAGAAUUUGGUCUUCUCUCAAGCAAGGCGAUGCAACAAGCUAUAAGGGAAGAGGAUGAGGUCUGUGAGAGACUGAACCUUUUGCUGGAUAUCCUGGUCGCUCAUAGAGAACUUUGCGAGAGGCAUGAGAAGGGUGUUGCGCAAGAUCAUAACAAGGCUUUAGCAAAGAUGCUUUCUCUCAAGAAACGACAGAUGCAAGGUGUCAUCAGAGGCACAGAUGCUGAAUCUGUGGAACAGUUAGAGACAAAGAUGAUGGAACAGGAGUCUGUAAUUGCCAAUGUCGAGCUCCGCAAUGCAUUCUCUCUGCAUUGUCUCCACUUAGAAACUCAAUUGGUACAUGCACAUCUGGAGAUUUUAGCAGCUGUACUGGGAACUCUAGUUGCUGUACAGAUCAGGGGGCACUCUGAGAUGGCGGAUGUUUGGCAGCUGAUCCAGCCGACAGUUGCAAAAUGCUUACCAGAUAAGAAUCUGCAGGAUCCUGUCAAUGGAACUUCUCCACAUGCAGACAAAUGAAUACUCGUAAGAAUUGGUAAACAUGAUAUAUCACUGAGGAAGUGGAUGGUCGCAUGUUGCAAAUUUGAGUUGCAUUCUGUUGAUGACCUGGGAACCGUAACACUUCUUGUAGGUUCUCAGGGCAAUGAAGAUGAAAAUGAAGAUUGCUGUCUUCCAGGAUAAUAUGCUGUGUAGUCUUCUAGAAAGUUGCCAGUUACUUCUGUCGUUGGGGUAGAAGAGGCCUUCUGCCACAAAGAUGAAGGCAACAUGUUCCUCCAAAAUGAUGGAAGCUUUUUACCGGAACACGUUGCAAUUCAUUCUGGAAGGUGGCAGUCUUCAUGCCAGGUAUUUGUUAUGUCUGUUGCAGCGAAUAAAUGACAUUGAAUGUGAAAUGUCAUUUGGUCAAAUGAGCGGUAAUUGACUUGUCAAGCCACCAAUCGUGUGCUGAUUUUAAACUGUUAUUUAUAGGAACUAAUUUACUAAACACAAAUAUCAUAAUGUUAUAGCAAGUUGUUAUGGAGCACCUUGUUCUUACCUGGUUAAAGCCGUUGUCUUCUGUUAUAUGCAUGUAGUUGGUCAGUUUUCAAGUAUUUCCAGAUGGACUUUUUUUUGGGGGGGGGGGUCAAAGCAGAGAUUCAGGUACGUAUCAUAAUAGUGCCAUUAUAGUGGUUGUUUCACCCUCUGAGAUUAUCAGAAAUAUUUUUAUGUCAAACUUUUUAUUUGUGGCAUGUGAAGAGAAUGCAUCACAUCAUAAAAAUAUUAACGAUUAUUUUCUUUGCGUGUUAGUUUAUAGUGAGUGUGAUCCUAUGACAAUACUGUAUAUAAUUCAAGGUGCAGGACUGCUGGAGGACAGAUCAAUGACAGAUAUAGUGCAAGGGCCAUUAAAUGAUCAUGUCUUUUAAUCUACCUAUCUAGUUUUAAAUCAGAUUAAAAUAGCACUCUUGUUUAGUGAUACCAGCAGAUGGCUAAUGUUAGUAUGGUAAGCAUUAGUUGCAAUCAGAAAGGAUGUAGCUGUGAUUUUAAUAACUUUGUUAGAUGUGACAUAAGCUAUGGAAUAUAAGUCUGUUGUCUGGUUUUAAAUUUUAUAAGUUCGUUUACUGUAGGCCUGAAACAUAUCUAUCGAGAGACUUGAGGUUUCAAUUCAAUUCAAUUCACUUAGUUCCCAGCUCACUCACAGUUACUAAUUAUAAGAUGAAACAUCCAUAGCUGUAUCCUCUGGGAAUUGAAUGUACACUCGUGAUAUUUCUGACUGGGAAUGACCUAAGAAAUAAGAAUGCUAAGUAUUGAUGUGAAGUCACUGGACACCUGCUGUAUGCAUCCAUGGGAGGGGAGAUGCAGCCUUGUCGGGGCAAUACACACAGCAAACAGGAACCUUGAUUUUUUUUAUUAGAGACAGUGUCACAUAACUUCGAACAAGGCCACGCAUUCCCUGCAUUCCUUCAACCCACCCCCUUGUUUGA